CCGAUGUCGGACACCUGCACGAAAUUCGUUUGUGCCUUUCAGAGACAAAAGUGAACAGAAGAAGAGAAGAAAGAACCAUCGAAGAAGAAGUGGAGGUGGAAGAGUGUCGAUUCCAGUUCCGAUGGCCACACAGUGAGGUGUUUAAUGGUCUCCAGGCAGUCUGCGUGAGAAGGGAGUCUUAGAAGAGAAAGUGCAGACACUUGGGGGGGAGAGAAAAGUUUGCCACAGAGCAUGGCCUCCGUCAAAGAGGGUGGCACAGAUGGAAGACUGAAAUGCAUUAAAGAGGAGGACAGUAAAUGGGGUACACCAGAGGACGUGUGUGUGAAAGUGGAGGAAAAUGAAGAAAGAAUUCCCAUUUUUAAAGAGGAGGAGUGCAAGGUGGGGAUUGUUGAAGUUAAAGUCGAGGAUUUGGAAGAUUUCUCCGUUAGUCUUAAACAGCAACACCUUGAAACGGAAAGUAGUUUGAAGCAGGAGUUUUUUGAAGAAUCUCAUUCCAGUUUACAGCUCUGGCUUCAUAACACGAGACAACUGGCUACCCAGCAGAACUCUUUGGAACUGAAGUCUGAAUUAUCUGAGUUUGACGUUAAGAUGAAUGAAGGAAACAGGAGAGAAGGAGAACAACAAAGUGUGGGGAUAAAUAUCCAGGAGGGCCACAGCUUCUCCCCAUCUUCAUUUGUGCAGCCUUCCCUUCAGGGCAGACUUCAACACAAACAUGACAAGGAGAAGAUGAAGAAAUCAACAAGAGGAUUGGAGAGUUUGACUACAGCAUCUUUGCAGUGCAUUUCUUUUCCUGAUUCCAAACUAAGACGGACUGAAGCUAUCAACAGUGAUCAACAACAAGUAUGUGCUUCAAAUCAAGAGGCCUUACACACCAUUCCAGAAAGUGGAAAAAGUUUGAAAAGCAAAUCUGAUUGUAAUAAUAAGUCGAUCCGUGCAGUUCAGAAGUCAUAUGCCUGUUCUGAAUGUGGAAAAAUAUUUUCACAGAGGAGCAGUCUACACAGACAUAAAAAAAUCCAUACUGGAGAAAAACCCCACUGCUGUGCAGAGUGUGGCAAACGAUUUUUCAGUAACCGUGAUCUCCAGCGGCAUAUCCGCAUUCAUACUGGAGAAAAGCCAUACAGCUGUGCUGAAUGCGGCAAAAGCUUUUCCCAAAACAGCGGUCUUCAGAGUCAUACAAAAAUUCACACUGGAGAUAAACCUUACUGCUGUUCUGAAUGUGGUAAAGGAUUCUCAAUUUUAGGUCAUUUCCGUGACCACUUAAGAAUUCACAGUGGAGAGAAGCCUUUUUGUUGUACUGAAUGCGGAAAACGGUUCACACAAAAAAGCAGCCUACGGAUUCAUGUCAAAAUUCACACUGGAGAUAAACCUCACUGUUGUUCAGAAUGUGGCAAAAGAUUCUUUCAUAGUAGUGAACUUCAGAGGCACACACAAAUUCACACAGGAGAGAAGCCAUUUUGCUGUUUGGAAUGCGGCAAACGAUUCUCUGACAGAAGCACUCUUCGCCAGCAUAAACAAAUUCAUACAGGAGUGAAGCUUUAUGUGUGUUCUGAAUGUGGUAAAGGAUUCACUAUCAGUAACUACCUUAGGCAGCACUCACGGAUUCAUACAGGAGAGAAGCCAUAUCGCUGUUCUGAAUGUGGCAAACAGUUCGCUAACCAUGGAUGUUUUUGGCAGCAUAAGCGUCUUCACACUGGAGAGAAGCCGUUUUGCUGUUCUGAAUGUGGUAAACGAUUUUCACACCGAAGAAGCCUUAACUACCACGUAAAUAUUCACACUAGAGCGAAAAGAAACCGAACUGAGCCAGCUGAAAAAAAGAACAAAUGAAACUGUGCCAGAGUGUUGAGGUUUGAAAGAUGUAUUAACCAGUGACAAGCUGAAGGGAAAAAGGUGAUCAACUCAACAAACCUGAAAUACAACAUGGUGGAUAGUAAACUAAAACUAAUGUAGAGCUGGGUGGAAAUGGAGCUAGGGAUAUACCAGCAUGUAACAAAUUAGGAGGGGGAAAUAGGAAUUAACACACAUAUACGAGGUGAGCCAUCUAGUGACUGUGGUUGAGUAUGAGCAGAGCAGACUGCUUCGUGCACACACAGGUCUUUCAUUUCUGUAUGUCUAAAUUUUUUGUGUUUUCAAUGGAUAGUUUAGAAUAUUUUACUAUUUUUUAUUGAACAUGUACAUUUUUGUAAACAUUUAGCAACAUUUUAUUUGCUAAAAAUAAAUAAAUGAAUAAUAGAUAGAUAGAUUCAUCCUCUGCACCUUUCUCAGAGUUUGUGUUUCUCAUCAAAAAUGAGCUUUAUGAACUCUUAAUCUUCAACACUCCACUAAACUUCAACUUCAGCCAGGGACGGAGCAGCCAAAGAGGUGACACUGAGAUGCUUUGGUGUGACGGGUUCUGAUCCCUUUUAAGUAGACCUGAAAUGACCCUGGCUUGUCGAUUUUAAGCAAGACUUCUUGACUUAAGUGCACUUUGUGGAGUAGCCCCUGCACUCAUCAAGAGAAACUCUCAGGAUUUCUUGGUGUCUCCACCAAUUGCCAUCACUCUGUCCAAACUGCAAGAAGAUGCAUCAUGAGGAACAAUGGAGGUGCAGCAGAAACGUCCUGACUGAAGUGCGAAUGUUAGCGCCUAAAAUCCACUGGGAGGAAUUCACACAAAGAGAAUCCUCAUUGGUGUUCUGAAUGUGGGGAAACGAUUCUUACAAAAAGGUAAACUUCAGCAACACAUGAGAGUUCAUACUGGACAGAAACGGAGUUCAGAACAACUCGAUGGUUUUUCUCCGUAGUUCAUUGAUUACUUAAGGGACAGAUCAGUAUAUUCUGCUCUACCUCAUUUCCCUGUCAGUGUAGACAAGUCUGUGUUAUUAGGUGUUGACAUUUUGUAAUUAGUAGAAGUUUGUAUUUGCAUUUUACCUGUGAACUUGGCACAGUGCUCUGCACCUGUACCCACUUAGGAGUGUAAGACAAAAAUAAAUAAACUGAAGUGAACUGAAAACCGUAUCCUUGUCUCUGAUGUGUUUGAGAUUCUCAGACAGCAGUGGCAUUCAUCACCGUGAAAGAAUUCAUAUUGGUGGGUUGUUCAAAUUGUGAAAAGCAUUUCUCAAGCCUCAGCUCUCCUAAUAGACACAUGAGAAUUCACUCU